ACGUAUAAGUAUCCGCAAUUUAGUGAUAAUAAUUGUUCAUGUACUAUAAAAAUGUCCAUUUUUCAAGGCCUCUUUAAUUGCAGCCGGUAAUAAAAACUAACGAGUUUCGUUUGACGAUGAGCAAUACAUCAUGCACGAUAUAAUCUGCUUGCUCGUUAAUGUUGCACUCAUGAAUUUUUCGAAUUUAUUCCUAAAUUCCUUAUUGCUUAACGAAGAAAACAUCUUCGUAUUUACUAACAACGUUCGAAUCAUUUAUUCUUCCGAGAUACAGUUAACAGAAUAAAAUUAACAAAACUUAUCUAUCCGAUAAAAAAUUACCCAACGCCGUGAAUCUGUAAAAAUACCCGUACGAUAACGAGCGCCAUUUCGUUGGUAAACAACGCUCGGGUGUCGCCAUGCCCGAUUUAAUGUCGUUCCGAGUCGCAUAAUGUACAUUACGUAUCCGAGAAGAUUUUCAUUUGCAUCGAAUUAAAUGUGUUAAUCAUCGGGUUUCGGUGAAAUAUAAUUCCCCAUUGUCGAAAAGGAGUGACGUGACAAUUUCAACCAGCAGCCGGUUGCACGAACUGUAGAAUUCAUAGUUAGUUUCCUUUGGUGAAUCGUGUUUCUUGUGCGAUGGGUGAUCUUAAUUUAUUGACGAGGCUUAUUGCUCGUGCGAGUACAGGUAGUUUUUUUUAGUGAUGUGUCGGUGUAUAUUACGUGAUAAUUAAGCGGCUUAUAACGACACUGGUAUAAUUAUUAUGCGUUGGAUUGUAUAAGUAGUGACUAGAUUUCGAUGCGUUACACGUGUGAUUAUGAUGCGUUGUGUUGCUAGGAGUAGUAGUUUAACGCGUUAUGAGACUACAUGUGUGAUUACUACGCGUGAUAUUUCAAUGCGUUGUUUCUCCGCGCGUGUAUUUCCACGCGUUGCAUAUCUCCACGUGUGGUACUUCCACGCGCCGUAUAUCUCCACGCGUGGUGUUUCCACGCGCCCUAUAUUUCCACGCAAGGUAAACGAUGUUUCUCCCAAGUCGGCUUCAUCGGUCUAGGAAACAUGGGCUCCCACAUGGCGAGAAAUCUCCUAAAAAAGGGUUAUAAAUUGGUCGUCUACGAUGUUAACGAGUCAGCUAUGUCGAAUUUGACCGAAGCUGGCGCAGACAAAGCCUCGAACACUGCUGAGUUAGCGAAAGACGUCGACGUGGUCGUUUCAAUGUUGCCCUCCAAUCAGCACGUGCUGGAUGUGUACGAUAUUAAAAACGGCCUGUUGAGUUCAGCAAAAAGGGAUACUCUUUUGAUCGAUAGCAGCACUAUAGAUCCAUUCGUGUCACAAACAGUGGCCAAGAAUGCUGGAGAGGUGGGAGCUCGUUUUGUGGAUUGUCCGGUGUCUGGAGGUGUCAACGCAGCGAAGGAUGGCACGUUGACAUUCAUGGUAGGAGGCUCAAAAGAAAAUUUCCAGCUCGCAGAAUCCUUUUUAAAAUCAAUGGGAUCCAGAAUAGUGCACUGUGGAGAUGUCGGAAUGGGACAAGCUGCAAAAUUAUGCAACAACAUGAUCCUUGCCAUUAGCAUGAUUGGCACAGCCGAGGCGUUUCAUCUCGGACAAAAGUUGGGUUUAGAUCCGAAGGUGCUGGCUGACAUCGUUAAUUCCAGCACGGGCAGAUGUUGGUCUUCCGAGUUGUAUAACCCUGUCCCUGGUCUACUUGACAAUGUACCUAGCUCUAAAAAUUAUGAGGGUGGAUUCGGUGCUGCCUUAAUGAGUAAAGAUUUAGGAUUGGUUCAAUCUGCCGCGAUUAAAGCGGAGACAGCUAUUCCUCUAGGUUCUUUAGCUCAUCAGAUCUAUAGAACCAUUGUGUCUCACGGAUUUGCGAAGAAAGACUUCAGCUUCGUCUACCAAUUUCUCAAAGGACAAAAAUGAUCCUAUAAAUCUUGAGUAAUCAUACUGCCAUUAAUUAGACUGCUGAUAUUAAUUUUAUAAGUACGCAGGAGAAUAAAAUGUCGAUACAGAAAAAUUUUA